AUGAUGAGAGCCAGCAAGAACUAUAGAGGAGUUUUCUGUUUGCGAAAAAUUCCUAGAUCAGCCCUAUAUUGUGAGACUCCUCCCCUUUUAUUCCAAGCCAGACAUGCAUCAACAGCAGCUUCGAACGUUGGUGGUACGUCAUUAGAGUCCCUUUCACCAUUGAUAAAUCAGCUUCCAAAGUUGUCCAACUCAUUUCCGUUUAUAUCUCGGGAAAACAAGUGGGAUACUCAAGAUCUGUUGGUUUAUUUUAAUUCCCCGCCAAAGGAAGAUAUAAAUGCCGAGGACAAAUUGAUUUCCAAAGAUAAACUGAGGGAAGGUAGAAAAGAGGAUGAAAAUGAAAUUGAAAAGGGGAAGAAGGAGAAGGAGAAGGAGAAGGAGAAGGAGAAGGAGGUAGACACGGAAACGGAAACGGAAACGGUGACGGAGACGGAGACGGAGACUGUAGAUAAGAAGUCUACAGAUUCCAAGGUUAGCAUUGAUCCAAAUUCACCGAUUUCAAGCAGAGGCUUGGGAUCUUCCAAUAAUAAUAGCAGCCGUAGCGGUAGCAGCCGUAGCGGUAGCAAUAACAGCAAUAACAGCAAUAACAGCAAUGGUAAUGACAGUAAUGAUGGUAAUGAUACGCGUUUGGUAAAUACAAAUACUGGUUUGUACACACCAUUUUUAGCUAUUCCAAUGAAAGAUCGUCCGUGUUUGCCAGGAAGAUACUGUACUAUAUCGGUUGAUGAUCCCGAAGUUAUCAGAUGCCUACAAGAAAUGUUGGAGACAAAAGAGACUUAUCUUGUACUCUUCCACGUUCGAGAUCCAAAUGACGAAGAUACAGAUAUCAUCAAGGACAAAAAUUUUGUUCAUGAAGUUGGAACUUUAUGUCAAAUAGCAAAGGUAACACCACUUAACUCUACUCGUGUAAAUAUAUUAGCGUACCCUCACAAAAGGGUCAGGUUGGUUGACUUGAGCACACCAAAAGUUAAAAGUAAAAAUAUCGAAGAACAAAAGGACUUCCCAACUGCGUACCUCAAAAAGUAUGGAGUUUCAUACGCUGCUGUGCAACCAAUUGAAGAUGAACCUUUUGACAAGAACAGUGUUGAGAUUAAAGCGCUAGUCGAAAGGGUGAAAACCUUGUGUGGCGGGUUUUCCCCAAACCCCUUGGCAGUUACAAAUGGGGCCAAGAUUUUGAACAAUCCUUCGAUGUUGGCAGAUUAUAUUGGUGGCUCUGUUUCUGGAGAUCCGAAAGAAAUACAAGAAAUCUUGGACAGCUUGGACGUGAAGACCAGAUUAGAGAAAACUUUGAAGUUAUUGAAAGUAGAGGCUGAUGCUGAUGAAAUGAAACGUAAAGCGCAUAUGAGCAUGAGAGAGAGAACCGAGAAACAGUAUGCCCAAAUGUUGAUUAAGGAGUAUAGCAAAGAGCUACUUAAAGCCGCCGGUAUUGGUGAGAACUCGAAAGGUAGCAAAUUCGAUGAACGAAUCAAACACUUGAAAAUGCCCGAAGAAGCUUUGGAGGCUUAUCGCACAGAGAGAGCAAGAUUGGGUUCUCAAAGCGAUGUCGAACUGAAUGUAGUUGAGCGAUAUCUUGACUGGCUUACAUCUAUUCCUUUUGGUGUAUAUUCAAAGGACACGUUUAAUGUGAAAAAGGCAAGGGAAAUCUUGAAUCGUGAUCAUUAUGCUUUGAAGGAUGUUAAGGAGAGGAUAUUGGAGUUUAUAUCAGUUGGUAAAGUUUCCGGAAAUGUAAGUGGUAAAAUUUUGUGUCUUGUGGGACCUCCAGGUACUGGUAAGACAUCCAUUGCCAGAUCAAUAGCGGAAUCUUUGAAUAGAAAAUAUGUUAGGAUUGCCGUUGGUGGUGUUCAAGAUGUCCAUGAUGUCAAGGGACAUCGUAGGACCUAUGUGUCUUCCCUUCCAGGUCGCAUUAUAUCCGCAUUGACGCAGGCCAAGACAUCUAAUCCAUUAAUGUUGAUUGAUGAAAUUGAUAAGUUGGAUACCACGACACAUGGUGGUGCUGCAAGAGCAUUUUUAGAGAUUUUAGAUCCAGAGCAAAAUCAUGGUUUUGUUGAUAACUUUAUUGAAGUCAAAGUUGAUUUGUCAAAGGUUUUGUUUGUUUGUACUGCCAAUUAUCUUGGUUCGAUUCCUGAACCAUUGAGAGACCGUAUGGAGAUCAUUGAGGUUAACGGGUACACUAAGCAUGAGAAAAUUGAAAUUGCCCUUAGACAUUUGAUUCCUAAUGCUAGCAAGAAAGUUGGGUUAAAAGAAGGAAUAGUUGAUAUUCCGAAAGAAACCAUUUCUAGGCUAAUUGAUAAAUAUUGCCGUGAAAGUGGAAUGAGACAUGCUAAAACAUUGAUAAAUAGGAUCUUUAGUAAGGCUUCGAUGAAAAUAGUUGAAGAAGUUGAAGAAGUUGAAGAAGUUGAAGAAAAAAGUUUGGAUGGAAAAGCAAAAGAGAUUACUGCUACUGAUGCUGAUGCUGAUGCUGAUGCUGAUGCUGAUGCUGUUCUGAAGACUACUGUGGAACCCGUCACAUCUAGUACGUCACCAAUAAGUGAUGCUGAUGUGAAAAACAAUGUAUCAGCUUCUGAAAAGACUAAUAAGGAAACCACAUCAAGUACAGAAGAGAAAGCAGCGGAGAAGCCUGGUAAAGAGGAGAAGGUAGAAAAAGAAGAAAAAGAAGGAGAAGAAGAAAUCGCAAAACUAAUUUUACCCGAUGAUCUCAAGAUUGAGGUAACUCCAGAAAAUCUUAAAGAUUUUGUAGGACCAGAGAUUUACACAAAAGACAGAAUCUAUGAAAAAUUGAAUCCUGGUGUUGCUACUGGGUUAGCAUAUAACACCUCAGGUGAUGGUGAUGCGUUGUACAUUGAAUCUAUACUAACUGAUGCUAUCAGUUCUGAUCUUGGUAACACUGGUAUUGAUAUCACUGGUUCCUUAAAGGAUGUUAUGAAAGAAUCUGCGUCUAUUGCCUACUCUGUUGCCAAACAGUGUAUGGCGCAAAGAUUUCCCGAAAACAAAUUUUUCGAAGCUGCACAUAUACACGUUCAUUGUCCAAGUGGUGCUAUUCCAAAAGACGGUCCUUCUGCUGGUAUAGCCUUUGUCUCGUCGUUAAUAUCAUUGGCUUUGAAUAAGCUGUUGCCUAACGAUACCGCCAUGACUGGUGAAAUCACUUUGACCGGUAGGGUUUUGGCUAUUGGCGGAUUGAGAGAAAAGACAUUAGGUGCAAAACGUGCUGGCUAUACCAAGAUCAUAUUCCCCAAAGAUUGUGAAUACCAAUUGGAGGAGAUUCCUGAAGAAGUUAAGGAGGGCAUUACAUAUAUCCCCGUUGAGUGGUAUGAUGAAGUAUUUGAAAACUUGUUCGAUGUAAGCAAAGAAGAAGGUAAUGUUGUGUGGCAGAAAGAAUUUGCAAAAUUGGAAGAAAAGAAAAAAGCAAGGAAACAGUGA